AUGAACAACCACAUCAACAGCAUCCAGCUGGAUUUGCUCAACGAAUAUUUGUCCUUGGACCUCCUUUCCUUAAGCAACAAUUGGCUCACAGAUGGAGCCAUAGAAGGAUCUUUCGAGGGAAUUCCUGUCUUGAAGCGUCUCUAUCUGGACAGGAAUCAACUUCAAAGUGUGCCAACUGACCUCCCAGUUUCUCUCGAGGAGCUACGACUGGACAACAAUCUCUUGGAGACGAUGUCUGAGGCGGCCUGGGCACAGUGUCCUAGUCUGCUGGUUUUAAGUCUUAGCAACAACAACCUGGGGAAUAGAUCUGGAUCUCUUCCUCCUGGUGCAUUGUCCCCUCUACACAAUCUACGUACCCUAAACCUGGAUUAUAAUCAGUUAGCCUCAGUACCAUUAGAGUUACCACUGUCCAUAAAGGAGUUAUAUCUUAGAGGAAACCACCUUCAGCAACUUAGUCGGGGAGUUUUUAAUGGCAUAUCUCAGAUGUUAGUAUUGGAUCUCAGUGCAAACAGGUUGAAGAGCAAAGGCCUUGUUAGAGACUCCCUCCUCAAUGCGACACAUUUGGAAAGCCUAAACUUAGAAGGAAACAAACUGAAGCAAGUGCCGCAAAACCUUCCUAACUCUCUGAAAACUCUAAAUCUGGAAAGCAAUCUAAUAUCUUCUAUAAAGAAAGCCUCUUUCCGCAACUUGAACAACCUCGAGCACUUGGGACUGGCAAGAAAUGCGAUUGUCAAAGUUUCCACCAGUGCAUUUAAGACCUUGUCUGCCUUGCAUCAAUUAGACCUGUGUCACAACAAGUUGCACCAGGUGCCCAGGCAACUCCCUGAAGGCCUGCACUCAGUAGCACUCACACACAAUAAGAUCGAGUCAGUGCCUAGCAAUACUUUCUGCUGGGGCAGUCAAAGUCUUAGUCUCAGCAGACUUGUGCAAGUACGUCUGGAACACAACUUAAUUGAAAUGGGGAAGCUGGAUGUACGCGCUUUUAGAUGUUUACGUGGAAUGCAGGUCGUGCACUUCUACUGA